AUGAAUUCCUCGUCCAUCAGAUCAGUGCUUUUGUAUUCUGCUUUAUUAGUGUUAAUAGCUAGUCCUGGCGUAUUUAAUGCCGUGUGGAAUGAGAAUAUCCUCUACCACAACCCUAACGUCAGCUAUGUUUAUUCGAAUACGCCGUAUGAGGAGGCGCAAGAACCACCAAGCAUUUACAGACAGUCGCGCCGCAAUCCGUUGAUCGACGCCUGCACCACAAACGAGGGCACUUCGGGUACAUGUCUAACGCGGUUCAAUUGCAUGCGUCAAGGCGGCACACCGAAAGGAUUCUGCACCAGUUAUGGCGUGUGUUGUGAGACAAACAUUCAGUGUGGCCGCAAUUCGAAUUUGAAGCGCACCAUAAUCAAAAAUCCCGUCCAGCUGCCAAC